GAGUAUUCACUAUUGAGUAGUGAAUACCAAUAUGGCGGCUGGUGACUUCCGGCGGCUUCGCCUGACUUCCGGGAGUAGUAGCAUGGCCGCGGCGGUCUGUUCUGUGAAUCAGGGGAGCCGGGGCUCAGGGCUGCCGGCUGAUGUGUGUCGCGUGCGUGUCACAGAACUUUAUUGAUGCGCUGGGGAGCCGGACAGAGGGGAGAGCGGCCGCCGCUGUGAGUGACGGGUACACGGUGUGAUGCCAGGUGGUUCCUCGAGUGGUUGGGCCCACUUUAGUAUGUAAAGAAUCCGGAAGGAAUGUCCCGAGAAAGAAAGUUGCAGCGGCAGGAACCUCCUGGGCCAGAAUGUUCCCCAGAGGCCAGUGUCCCGUCCUGUCCCCAAGUUCCCUCUUCCUCUGGGAGGUCAGGGCAAAGAGGCCCAAGGACUAAGCACCAGGGUCCCUUCCCAUUCAGCCUUUUGCCGGUUGACUGCCAGCUGCACAUAUUCUCUUUCCUUUCCGAAGUAGAGAAGUGUACGGCUGCGCUGGUCUGCGCGGACUGGAGUAAGCUAAUGCGCACCCCGCGGCUCUGGAGAGUGGCCGACUUCAUGAGGCUAGGAGCCAUCCUGUCCGGCAUGGAUGGGGUGCUGGUGUCCGUCAGAGAAUUUGAGAGGUGGAAGGAGUGGGUGCACCAGUAUGCCUACCACCUCACUUCCCGCGGAGCCAGCCUGUUGGUCCUUCGCGCCAGUUUUGAUUUGGGAGACCAGAGGACCAAGUGGGCUGAUUUCCUCCUGCAGUUCCUGGACGGCGUGCACUGCGGAGAGCUGCAGGAGCUGGAACUGAACUGGACGCUGACGCACCUGGAGCCCCUGGAUUUCUACCCUCCCGGAAGCAUGGCCCAGAUAUGCCUGGCCAAGACCGAUCAGUUCAACAGCUUCCAGACUCUGUUUGAGCGCCUCACCCGUACCUCGCCCAAGCUGAGCCGCAUGAAGCUGCCGUUUGAUUGGUCUGAACACUCGGUGUCGCUUCUAACGCACUUUCAGAACCUAAGCAAGCUAGAACUGAACUAUUUCUGGGUCUUUAAGAGCGUUCAGCCGGAAACGAUGCAAGAACUCACGAGGUCGCUUCCCAAGCUGAAGACUUUGAUCCUGCAGGUCCUGGUCCCGGUGAAGGACCUGGGAGUCUCUUACCCUCUGGUGUCCAAGUCCUUGGAGUUUUUAGAUGUGUCUCAGAGCCGCGGGUUGGUCUUCAGCCACCUGGACUUGCCCUCCUUGAGAGAGCUCAAGGUGAAGAAAACGAUCAGAGGGAUUAUCCUAAAUCGUAGGACCCGGGUGGCACUUCAGACCCGUUGGUCCUGCUUGUACGAGCUCCUCAAAGUGGGCACCCCUAAACUUCAGGUGUUCAACUUGCACACACUACUGCCCAACUGGCAGACGCAGAAUUACCUGGAGCUCAGCGAGGUCUUACUGCAGUCCUGUUACUGCAUCCAACACACGGACACGUGGCUGCUGUGACCGGAAGGGGGCAGGGAUCCUGCGCCUGCCACGGGUGUAGCACAGGGUAGCGUUCUGCAGCAGGCCGGGAAUAUCCUUUCAUUCAUCUCAGGAAAUUGAUAUUACCAGACAAAACUCGUUAAUAAAUUGCAAAGUGUGAUCCUGGCGUUCUCCUGAUAGCAUGGACAUAUAAGCACGGACAUGGUCAUUAGAAGCUGUGUAACACUCUCUACACUUUAUUUCAUUAGUUAAUUUUUCUUUUUUAAAACUAGUUUCUUAACCAAACUUACAAUAACACGGGGAAGAUUAGCGUGACAAGCGCUCGCCUCCAUACGGAGAACGUGGGCGGGAACGGUAUCCACAUUGGACUGUACGGACCAGACGCAUGCCUGCAGUGGGGUUACUGGGCUGUUGCAUUCUGAAAGUGCUACUUGCUGCAUCCUGUUGCACACUAGGGCCUGAUUCAGAUUUGUAAGUAAAGCAAAAAAAGCAAGUACGAAAGCGAGGGGGGAAAAUCCAUUGAUAUGUUUCUGUGCAGGGUAAAUACUGGCUGCAUUAUUCUUACACUGCAAUUUAGAUUUCAGUUUGAACACACCCCACCCAAAUCUAACUCUCUCUGCACAUGUUACAUCUGCCCCCCCCCCCCCUGCAGCGCAGCACGUUUUUUCCCGAAUGCACAGUUACUGGAUUUUUUUUACUUUGACCGCACAUCAGAACCAGGCCUGAAUGCAGCGCACGGGAAUCACUACACUCCGCUCAUGUGAAUUGGGCGUAAUGGCGAAUGUUAUUACAUCCAAUCUGUUUUCUGUGAUAUGUUGGCUUUCAGCACAAUGCGCUAGUUUUCCUUCUCUCAUCGUGGUCUAUAGGUAACGGCCUGUCCUCUGACUACGAGGCUGCAGCUAUGACCGUUACGUGAUGAAAUGGGUGGACACGGUUAUAAAGCGAAUGUAAAUAUUCUUUUAUUAAAGGCGUCAGUGCUUUUCUUAAUCA